UCAUUUUCUCCUCCGUCAGCCUCCCUUCAAUCGCCAUAUUGGGCAACUGUGUGAAAAGAGGCUCGUCUUUUUUUUUUCCUUUCCCCUCCUUGUUUUUCCCCAACCUUACAAAAAAAAAAAAAAAAGCACGGCAAAGUUUUGACAUCGGACAAGGCUUUGCAAAAGCUCACUUUGCAAACUCAGGAUCCGCACGGGCAGCAUCCAUCUCCAUUUGGAUUUGCGGGCAAAGCAUUUAUAUAUAUUUAUUUAAGCGCUCCUUCUGUUUUUACCUCUUACUCCUGAUCCUCUUCUUCCUCCGUUGGUACCUUUGAUUCGUAAUAAGACAUUCUGCUUGAAUAUCAGGGUGUCCCCCCCCCGGCUUAUGCAAGGCGCUGGUGGCGGUGAUAGUGGGGGCUUUUUUUCGGUUUGUUUUUGUUUUGAAGCUUCCUCGCAGUUGGGGUCGAGUUUAAAACCCGCCUUUUUACCCCUCUCUGUUCGCACAAGAUCGAGGGAGGACUAUCGACAUCGAUAUUUUUAAAGACGCCGAUUCAACCACCGUGGACAGCAAAGGCGGCUGGGGACGGCUUAGGCGAUGUCCAACGUACGCAUUUCGAAUGGAAGCCCUACCCUGGAGAGGAUGGAAGCUAGGCAAGCGGACUACCCCAAACCCUCGGCUUGCAGGAACCUCUUCGGCCCAGUGGAUCACGAAAAGUUAGCCCAGGAGUUGGAGAAACACAGCCGGGACCUAGAAGAGGCCAGUCGAAGGAAGUGGAAUUUUGAUUUCUACAACUAUCAGCCCUUGGAAGGCAGGUAUGAGUGGCAAGCCGUGGGUAAAGAUGCCCUGCCCGAGUUUUACAGCAGACCCCCCAGGCUAAGCAAAGCCCUGGCCAAGGCUAGCAGCCAGCACUGUGGGGGCUUGGAUGUCAACGGCAACUGCCCAACGACGGGCUUUAGGCGCUCUCAGGGAAUCACAGAAGAGGAGGAGGAGGACGCUCUGGGUGCAGAUCAAAAGACUGAAGCAGCUGGCGCUCAAACUGGUGUAGUGGGCCAGGGCCCGGGGCAAAGGAAACGAUCCGCUUCGGACGAUUCCUCUCCUCGAAACAAAAGAGCCAACACGACAGAAGAGGCUAUUUCGGAAGACUCUCCUAGUGCCAGCUCAGUGGAACAAACGCCCAAGAAAUCCAGCCCAAGAAGGCGUCAGACGUAAAUUGUUUAUUAGAAUUAAGAACAUUCAUUUCCUUGUUUUUGGAGGCAUCGGGUUCAUGAAGCAAGGAAGAUGCAGAGUUUAUAUAUGAAAAAAAGAGAAAACAUAUCACUGAUUCUCUCAGUGGAGAGCUCAUAUUAGCACUGAAAAGAUACAAACCCAUAAUUGAGUAACACUAAAGUUAGGCACUCUUAAAAAGAUCUGCCUCUGAAAGCAUUGGAUGUAGCAUUCUGCAAUUAGGUUUUUCCUCAUUUGCUUCAUUGUACUACCUGUGUAUAUAGUUCAUACGUUAUGUAGCACAUAAACCUUUCCCCACCCCAUUUUUUGGGUUUGUUUGUUCUGGGAAGGGGUGGGGAUGGUAAAAGGUGAUGGGUUCAAAAGUCUGCUUUCAAAAUCUAGCAAGCAGAGAUUUGUAUGAAGAGAAGCAGCAUACAUGCUCAAUUAUUUCUUAAAGAUGUAUUGUCCCUGUUAAUGGAGUCUAAAAAUGUUAACACUGGCUACAGCAGAUUGAUGUAAUUUGCUGGUAAAAUUUCUCCUCAUUUAAAGGCACAAUCCAGUGGGACGUUUGCCUGUGUUAAACCUCACUAAAAUGAAUGGCAGUUUUGGAAGAAAACAUUAAUGGGGCAUGUACAGAAGAAUGUUCUAUGGGAUUGUGUCUUAAAACUUUAUGUAGGAACUCUGUUUCCAUUAUGUAGCAGCAUAAAGGGUCUGACUGCUGCCCCAGGACCCUUUAAACGUUCAACUGUAUUUUUUCUUUGCCAUCUAUAAUAUAUUACUUUAGAUGCUUUCAAAAGUAAUUUAAAAAUUCAUGCUCUGAAUAGAAUGGAAGGGAAAUAAAUAAAACCCUGAACUUCAACCUCGUCAUCUCACUCACUUCUCUGAUGUUCAUGGGUGGGAAAAUGAAAGAAAUACUACAUCUUUAACAGUAUUUUUACAUUGCCUGUAUGUUAAAAAAAUGAAAGUUUUGAAAUGUACCUGUGUACAUAACUUUGUAAAGACACUGAGAAAUUAUACUAACUUAUUUAUGUUAAAGAUUUUUUUUUAAAUCUAGAAGAUAUUUUCCCAUAAAGCCAAAGCGGCAUGUGUUCUGUGCAUUUGUAAAUGCUCUAUUUGGUAGGGUGGUUUUUUUUUAGUUUUUGUUGGGGGGAUUUGUUUUGUUAAUAUGGCUGUGCUUAAAUGAUUGCAGACUGAGCCAAGAUUAAUUCCUUUUGUAAUGUGUGAAAACAGUUGUCAACUGAUAUUGUUUUACAUCAAGCAAUCAAUAAAGAAAACUGCCAUAUAAAAAUAUAAAUAUAUAUAUAUCUAAAAUAACUUUUGUUGAGUGUUUUAUAAGUCCUGGCAGAAUAAAGAAGUUUUGCCACUUCCCA